AGCCUAACCACUGGGUAUCUGCAGAGGUUUAAAAUCGAAACCGGAACCUACUCUAGAUAGGCCAGCAUUCCUUUUAUUUCCCUUCCUACAACAAUUUGAUUUUCUUCUUUCUGUCCCUUGAUCAAUUCGUUUCAUAGUGGGGAGCGAUGUCUGGCCUUAAGGGGUCUUUGUUGCAGACAUUUUCCUUCUCUUCGAUCGUCCAUUUGGAUACCCAAAGACUAUGAAUUUCAAAUAAAAUGUUUUUGUCUUCUCCUGAAACUAAUCUGAUUGAAGAAUGAAUCUGGUUGAGCGCUUCAUCCCCUGAUCCCCUGAUAGUGUUUUCCCGCUCUUUCGUUAAUUCGAUCUCUGAUUGGACAGAAAGCGAAUCUGGUGACACCAGUUGUUUGCUCAGUGUAAUGUUCACAAGAGCGCAGAGAGCGUAUCGUGUUUUUAUUGCAGGAGGCGAAGCGUGUACAUACCUGUAGCUGAACCGGGCCUAUAUCGUUGCUUUCUCUUUGGUUUUCUCACGCAGUACCUUAAGACAGCAACAUGUCUUCUUACGAAGAAGUUCCAAUGAAAAGUAAUGAAGAUGGCGAAGACGCCAAAAAGGAAUCUGGGAAAGCAUUUGUUAUCUCGCGGAAUCUAGCAAUUGUCCUAGUUGUUGUUGUGAUCGCGUUGAUUAUCUUUGUUGGCGUUAUUUCGGGCGUUUUUAGCGCAAGACAAGCAAGGAAAGAAGCUCUUGUGGAAAGCGAGAAGAAGAAAAGAGAUGACAGUACUGGUACGACUGAGAAGCCAUCGGUCGAGAAGCCUACAGAGCCGGUGUCCCGUCCGGAGCCAUGGUACAAAAUUCGAUUGCCGCAAAACAUACUGCCGAUUCACUACGAAUUGUACCUAGAUCCGUACUUGGAACAGAACACUUUUCAAGGAAAGGUCUCGAUCCUGAUCAAAGUCACUGAAAAAUCAGACUACAUGUCCUAUAUCCUGAUUCACAUCAAUGACAUGAAUGUGACAGACGCCAAAGUUUACAAACCUACGAAAUCUGACUCGGCUACCCCGGGAGAAGAAGUCGCCCUGAAGGAUACCUUCGAAUAUCCCGAGAAUGAUUUCUUUGUUUUCCAGUUGGAAGAUGACCUUGAAGUUGGGCAGUAUGUGCUAGUCAUGUCUUAUAAAUCGACGUUUUCCAGUCAGCUGAACGGCCUGUACAUAAGUACCUACACGAACGAAAAAGGUGAAAAAAGACUUCUUGCCACAACAAAGUUUGAACCAACAGAUGCACGUAAAGCGCUACCUUGUUUUGAUGAGCCUGCAAUGAAAGCAACAUUUUCCACUGUGAUUGCUCAUGACAAAGAUUACAAAGCGCUGUCAAACAUGCCAGUGGUUAAGAAGCGAACUUUGAAGAAUGGAAGAAUUGAAUCUCAUUUUAAGAAGUCGGUUCCUAUGUCAACGUAUUUGCUGGCAUUCAUUGUGUGUGAUUUCAAGUUCACUAAUGCAACCACUGGACAGCAUAACAAUAUCACACCAAUACAUAUUUGUUUUUCUGUCUUCAGACUUCUUGCCACAACAAAGUUUGAACCAACAGAUGCACGUAAAGCGCUACCUUGUUUUGAUGAGCCUGCAAUGAAAGCAACAUUUUCCACUGUGAUUGCUCAUGACAAAGAUUACAAAGCGCUGUCAAACAUGCCAGUGGUUAAGAAGCGAACUUUGAAGAAUGGAAGAAUUGAAUCUCAUUUUAAGAAGUCGGUUCCUAUGUCAACGUAUUUGCUGGCAUUCAUUGUGUGUGAUUUCAAGUUCACUAAUGCAACCACUGGACAGCAUAACAAUAUCACACUCAGAGUAUGGACAACUCCUGCCCAAGUGAACCAAACAGAGUUUGCACUAGGUGUUGGAAGGGACAUUAUCACCUACUAUGAGAAAUACUACAACCUUGGUUAUCCUCUUCCAAAGCAAGACAUGAUUGCCAUCCCUGAUUUCUCAUCUGGAGCUAUGGAAAACUGGGGCUUGAUCACUUACCGUGAGACAGCUUUACUUUUUAAUGAAGGUGUGUCUUCUGAAAGUAAUAAACAACGAGUGGCUGUGGUGGUAUCUCAUGAAUUAGCUCACCAGUGGUUUGGAAACAUUGUUUCUCCCAAAUGGUGGAAUGACUUGUGGUUGAAUGAGGGAUUUGCCAGUUUUGUGGAGUAUUUAGGAGUGAACCACACUCACCCAGACUGGGAAAUGAUGGAGCAGUUUCUUCUUGCAGAUCUUCAGAAUGUUUUUCCGCUAGAUUCUCUGGCAAGUUCUCAUCCUAUAUCAGUUGAAGUUGAUAACCCAAAAAAGAUUAAACAGUUGUUUGAUAGGAUUUCCUACAGCAAGGGUUCCUCCAUCAUUCGAAUGCUGGAAGAUUUUGUUGGAAGAGAAAAAUUCAAGGAAGGACUAAGUUAUUACUUGAGAAAGUAUGCAUUCAGCAAUGCUGAGACCAGUGACCUUUGGAAUGCUUUAGGAGAGAAAGCAGAAAUGGACGUCAAAACCAUCAUGGACACAUGGACACUUCAAAUGGGAUUUCCAUUGGUGACAAUCAACCGUGGCAAAAGUUCUGGCAAGGCUACAGCCACGCAGAAACAUUUCCUGUUGGAUCCUAAUGCUAAUGUCACAGUAUCCUCUCCAUACGAUUACAAAUGGUAUGUUCCUCUGACAUAUGUGUUUGAAGACUCACCCCAAGACCCUAAAAUGACCUGGAUGAACAUCUCAUCUGAUGAAGUUGAGUUUUCAUGGCCUGCAAAUAAGUGGAUCAAAGGGAACUUUAAACAAGUAGGAUUCUACAGGGUUCACUAUGAUGAUGACAACUGGAAAGCUCUCAUUAAGCAACUCAAUAACGAUCAUACUGUGAGUACAGAAUUUUGUAUGAUGUGUACUAUUGCUAAUUCAGACAUGAUUGCCAUCCCUGAUUUCUCAUCUGGAGCUAUGGAAAACUGGGGCUUGAUCACUUACCGUGAGACAGCUUUACUUUUUAAUGAAGGUGUGUCUUCUGAAAGUAAUAAACAACGAGUGGCUGUGGUGGUAUCUCAUGAAUUAGCUCACCAGUGGUUUGGAAACAUUGUUUCUCCCAAAUGGUGGAAUGACUUGUGGUUGAAUGAGGGAUUUGCCAGUUUUGUGGAGUAUUUAGGAGUGAACCACACUCACCCAGACUGGGAAAUGAUGGAGCAGUUUCUUCUUGCAGAUCUUCAGAAUGUUUUUCCGCUAGAUUCUCUGGCAAGUUCUCAUCCUAUAUCAGUUGAAGUUGAUAACCCAAAAAAGAUUAAACAGUUGUUUGAUAGGAUUUCCUACAGCAAGGGUUCCUCCAUCAUUCGAAUGCUGGAAGAUUUUGUUGGAAGAGAAAAAUUCAAGGAAGGACUAAGUUAUUACUUGAGAAAGUAUGCAUUCAGCAAUGCUGAGACCAGUGACCUUUGGAAUGCUUUAGGAGAGAAAGCAGAAAUGGACGUCAAAACCAUCAUGGACACAUGGACACUUCAAAUGGGAUUUCCAUUGGUGACAAUCAACCGUGGCAAAAGUUCUGGCAAGGCUACAGCCACGCAGAAACAUUUCCUGUUGGAUCCUAAUGCUAAUGUCACAGUAUCCUCUCCAUACGAUUACAAAUGGUAUGUUCCUCUGACAUAUGUGUUUGAAGACUCACCCCAAGACCCUAAAAUGACCUGGAUGAACAUCUCAUCUGAUGAAGUUGAGUUUUCAUGGCCUGCAAAUAAGUGGAUCAAAGGGAACUUUAAACAAGUAGGAUUCUACAGGGUUCACUAUGAUGAUGACAACUGGAAAGCUCUCAUUAAGCAACUCAAUAACGAUCAUACUGUCUUCACUGCAGAGGACAGAUCAAGUUUAAUUAAUGAUGCUUUCAACCUGGCAAGAGCUGGAUAUUUAGCAUAUGAUAUCGCUCUAGGCACUCUGGAGUAUUUAGAUGGGGAGACAAAGUAUGUUCCUUGGAAGACUGCACUUAACAGCUUGGGUUACCUGGACGGCAUUCUAAGUGAGCGACCUGCAAAUGGAAACUUUCAGGAAUUUAUAAGACGUAAGGUGAAACCUCUGGCAGAUAAGCUUGGAUGGGAAAACAAACCGGAUGACAAGCACAUUCAAAAAUACCUUCGAAGUGCAAUUUUACGAUCAGCGUGCAGUGCAGGGGACUCGGAUUGCAUUGGAAAUGCAACUAAGAUUUUUAACGAAUGGAGAACAGGGCAAAGGUCUGAGAUAGAUGUGGACCUGCGAACGCUAGUUUACCAUUAUGGUAUUGCCAAUACUGGUCUGGAAGAGUGGAAAUGGUUAUUUAACAAAUUUAUGAACACCUCUGAGGCAUCGGAGAAAAGUAAACUGAUGUAUGCACUGGCUGGGUCACGUGAGACAUGGAUCCUAAACAUGUAUUUGGGGUAUUCCCUGGACUCGUCCAAGAUUAGGUCCCAGGACGCUGUCAGUGUUAUCAGUUACGUUGCUUGGAAUCCUGUUGGAAAAUACCUGGCGUGGACUUUUGUUCAAAAUAACUGGAAUGCCUUGUUUGACAUGUUCAGUACCAGUACCUUUCGUUUAACAAGCCUGACCAACAGUGUGACACAGUUUAGUACCGAGGCUGAUCUGGAACAGAUGAAGGCAUUCUUUGAGCGUUCUGAGGCAGGAACAAGCGAAAAUGCUCGUAAACAGGCCAUCGAGCGUACACAGGCAAACAUCGACUGGCUCAAGAAAUACGAAGAAACCAUCACAAAAUGGCUUGGAGCUACUGUAGGAGCUUAGAAACCUGAGUGGCUUAGUCCUGUCAGUUUGUGUUUGGUUUAGUUACAAAUCUCUCUUCUGUGUAGCCUUGAGUUUUAUCGUCUACUCUAACCUGAGUGAACAGACGUAUCUGUUCGCGCACUCAUUUCUUUUCCUGAUGUAAGCACUUCAGAUAUCCUAGCCUGUUCAAGGUUCAGGGAGAGAAAAAAGGGAAGGAGCCUUUCACUUUUUCUCUUCUUGACCCCCGCACGAUUUUCGCUCGCCUCCCCGCUUUUUGGCGUCGUUCCCACUGACCGAGAAGAUGUAGCAGACUACAGAUAUUCUUCCAGGAAAUAUCCAUUGAAUUUUCGUUUAGUGUUAACAGUGUUUCGGAUCUGGGUUCUGCUCGCUUUCCGGUUUUCCCGCGCAAGUACUGAACAAUCGACUAUCUGUUUGCAUGUGACCGCCUUAUUCAAAAGUCUUCAACCAUAUCGCUCUCUUGUUAGCACACUUGCACACGGUUUUAUUAUGCCGCUUAUCAGCUCUCCGUUGUCUCACCUCCCGAUAUAAGCUCUCCCCCAGUUACAGGACUACCAAAACCAGGAUGGAGGCCAAAAUUUUGAUAUAUUCACUUUUUGUGAAUUAUUUUUGGAAGUGAUAAAAAAAUUCGUAGUCCUGUUUAUAUUUUACUCCUUUUUUAUUUUGACUAUUCUCGAACUCGACAGAGUAAUACCACUGAAAAACAAUUUUAUUUCUUGUUUAACGUUUAAGUUUCCCGGCAACUUUCUGUAAUACGAACUAAGAACCGAGGCCAUUAUUUUUUAAAAGUUUCUGUUACGAAGUCUUUUCUUUUGGCCCAAACAAAAAUAUAAUCGUGAAAAGAAUUGCAGCUAUUCCAUUAGUAAAGCUACAUUUUUGCCGACCAGAUUAGUGAGAUUCCACUUUGCAAAACGUGGAAUUAAUAUGGGAAUGAGUAUAAGUUUGCCCUAAAGCAGAUAAAUCGGUUUCGGUCUUGUUUACGCAAGAAGAAUCAAUCGAAGGAUCGGUGGCGGGUACGAAAUACAGGCGACGUGAUGGAGGCGAACGGACAGAGUUUUUAAUGAACACCUCGGCGUUAGAUGUGUAAACGUCUGUUUUGGUGUUGAUUUUAUAACUGUAGUAGUAAUGUGAUAGCUGACCCAUAGUAUUAUUUUUAUAUGCCUAAAGAAAUUUUAUUCACUCAAAGUGUGCCAGCUACCGUAAAUCAGUAGAUCUUAAAAGCAUCAUAAGAAUAUAAUAACAGAUAAUUAUGUAAGCAAAUCGAAUCAUUUUUAUAGUUAUUUUAUGUCGAAAUCAUGUUUGACUCAUCAAAUAAAUCAGUGGCUAAAAUAUACCUUACGAAAGGUGUUUUUAUAAUUAUCUGUAGUAUUCAACAUUUAAUUAAAACAAAGAAAAGAGUAGUUAAAGUUC